AUGAAUUCCUCAUUUCGCCUGUAUUUCUUAGAUCUCGGCCUGAACGCCACGGAGGGCAACCUCUCGGGACCGCAUGCCAAGAACAGGUCUUCGCCGUGUGAGGACAUGGGCAUCGCCGUGGAGGUGUUCCUGACGCUGGGCCUCAUCAGCCUCCUGGAGAACAUCCUGGUCAUCGGCGCCAUCAUAAAGAACAAGAACCUGCACUCCCCCAUGUACUUCUUCGUGUGCAGCCUGGCCGUGGCGGACAUGAUGGUGAGCAUGUCCAACACCUGGGAGACCAUCACCAUCUACCUGAUCAACAACAAGCACCUGGUGAUCGCUGACGCCUUCGUGCGCCACAUCGACAACGUGUUCGACUCCAUGAUCUGCAUCUCCGUGGUGGCCUCCAUGUGCAGCCUGCUGGCCAUCGCGGUGGACCGCUACGUCACCAUCUUCUACGCCCUGCGCUACCACCACAUCAUGACCGUGAGGCGCUGCGGGGCCAUCAUCGCGAGCAUCUGGGUCUUCUGCACCGGCUGCGGCAUCGUGUUCAUCAUCUACUACGAGUCCACGUACGUCAUCAUCUGCCUCAUCUCCAUGUUCUUCACCAUGCUGUUCCUCAUGGUGUCCCUGUACAUACACAUGUUCCUGCUGGCGCGGACGCACGUCAAGCAGAUCGCGGCGCUGCCCGGCUGCGGCUCCGUGCGGCAGAGGACCAGCAUGAAGGGCGCCGUCACCCUCACCAUGCUGCUGGGCAUUUUCAUCGUGUGCUGGGCCCCGUUCUUCCUCCACCUCAUCCUGAUGAUCUCCUGCCCUCAGAACCUCUACUGCUCCUGCUUCAUGUCCCACUUCAACAUGUACCUCAUCCUCAUCAUGUGCAACUCCGUGAUCGACCCCCUGAUCUACGCCUUCCGCAGCCAGGAGAUGCGGAAGACCUUCAAGGAGAUUAUCUGUUGCCAUGGCUUCAGGACGCCCUGUAUCUUCCCCAGCGGCUAUUAG